CUCUUUCUCUCUCCUCUCUCUCUCUCUCUCUCUGCCCUUGGCCAUACCAACUUUUAGAUAGCGGGCAGAAAAUGAAAUUCUCCGUCAAGAGGGGUAAUGGAAGCUUGAAUCCUAUCCAAAGGGGGUGAGGUGUGGGGUGGGUGAAGAUGCGGUUUUUUAGGGUUUUUAAUUUUUCCAAAAUUUGUGCAAGUGGAAAGGGUUUUGAACGCAUAUGCAGAGAGAAAGCUUCAAACUUGGAUUUGAUAUAUAGUUUUGUUUUGUAUGCAAUGAUAAAAGCAAAGCAUAUAUCCCAUAUAUGUUCAACCGUUAAAAACAGAGCAAUAUUCAACAAAAGCUCGAAUACAGAAGAGGGUUCAAGCAGCUUAUUUAUACCAUGCAACAAGGGCCUCGCUCGGAGUAAAGAGGUUGACAAGAAACUGGGAAGAAGCCUGCUAAUUGUUCAAGAGAUUCGAACAUUCUUGCCACAUAAGCUCAGCUCAUCAAAAAGACUCUAAGCUCGAGGGGAGUGUUACGUAACUUAAGGUGAGCAUUGGUGUAUAUAUAUUAUAGAAGUAUCGGAAUAUAUUAGGGGCAACUAUAGAUAACUGUCUGAAACCAAUUUUCAUUAGACACAAGACAUGCUUGUAAUAUCUUGAUUGAACCUCCUUAGUCAGCGAAUUUUGAUUUGAACUUGACCC